AUGCUUUGGGAGCAUUGGAUGGAUGCUGUUUUACCAAACGCUUGUUGGAGAAGUUUGUGGCCCGGCCCACUGCCGACGGCCCUCGUGCGCCAAGACGAGCUCAGACGGGAUGAGACACCCGAUAAGACCUACGUCUUCGAGGGCCUGCUCGACGCACACACACUCGGAGGCGCAGGCUUCGCCAGCGUCGUCUUCACACACCCCAUCGCCCUCCCCCGGCCCCACGCCCUCUCCGCCUUCGUCCUCGACGUCGACCCGCUCGACCCCGCCGCCCCCGGAGUCCACACCUUCACCCUCGCCGUCCGCGACGCCCCCCCCUCCUCCGCUGGCCCCCAGCUCAUCUUCCAGGCCGACUUCUCCAUCCUCCCCUCCGCAGACGCAGUACCCUCCCCGGACGCCAAGCUCGACCAGCUCCUCACCGUCCGCAUCCCCUUCGCCGCCCUCCAGCCCACCCUCCGCGGGAGACCCGCCCCCCCCAACCAGAAACCCUUCGACCCCGCAAACCUCGCCCGGAUCUCCCUCAUGGCCCGCAGCUUCUUCGGCAGGCAGGCCGGCCCCUUCCUCCUCCACCACGGGCUGGGGGAGGCGGGGCCCCAGGCGACGGACUACGCGUGGCUGUCGAGCGACGGGUAUCCGCUGCAAGCGGCGGCCGCGACGCCCGCGGAUGCGGUGCCGGACUACCGGCACCCGGCGCCGGACGAGGUGGUGUGUCGGCUGAACCUCACGCUCUCGGACGGCCCGGGUGCGGCGACUGUCUGCUCGCCCUCCUCGUCGGCAAACGGCCCGCAGGCAUCCACGCCCGUCUCCCUGCGCACCCGGCUCGCAGAGUGGGCCGGCCCGGCGGCCCUCGCCUCCACAUCCUUCUCCAGCGUCCAUAAACGCGCCGCCGACACCGCCUUCUUCUCCGCCCCCUGGCCCCGCCUCUCCCGGCUCGACAGCCGCGCGCUGCUGCCCCUCGACCCGCGCAUCUGGGCCGUCCGCAACAUCCAGCGCUACCAAUACGUCCUCGGGAACUCGCCGAGCCGGUUCGACGUCCUGACGACGCUCUCGUCCAGCCGCAACGUGCUCGACCGGCUGUCCCACCACUUCGCCCCCUCCUCGUCGUCGCCGGCGACCGAAGCCGGGCCGGCCGCCCAUCGCCCCUUGCUCGUCACCAUCAACGACCGCAUCUUCGCCCCCCACCUCGACCGCGUCCAUCAGCUCUUCACCCACUGGCUUAACGCCUCCUGGCCCACUCCGGCGCCCUGGGAAAAACCCUUCUGA